ACUUUCAGAAGAAACAUCAGUCAGCUGUUCAAUGUUUUCCCAUUUCUUUUACUCUUCAUGCUUGGCGUUAUUUUAAAUCAAAGCCAUUGCACGAUUUCUUUCUCAUCUGUGGCUUCCACCGCUCAUUGUGGUCAUCGUACACCAAAAAAGAGGCCCCUUGAGGCCUUUCUUCCAGCCAGGUUUUCCCCAUCCUCAACCAUUUUGCCUUGUUAAUAGCCAAGAUGGCUCGAAAAUGUGUCGUCCCCUUCUGCAAAUCGGGGUAUAAUCGUGGCAAACGGUCGAAAAGCCAAGGGCUUGUCAAGGUGGGAGUGUUCCAAUUUCCCGUGGAUCCAACUUUAAGAAAACAAUGGAUCGACGCCAUUCCACGAGAAAAUUGGGGUGUGAUGAAGCAUUCAGGGGUAUGUGCCUUGCACUUUUCUGCCCAGGAGGUGGUGUACGAUCGACUGGAUGGUUGUCCCUCGAGAGCCAGAAAACGGCCUGCCAAACGAUUAAGGCCUUCUUUGCGGAUAGGUGCCAUUCCCAAACUAUUUCCAACCUCAACAGCAUCGGCCCAAAUCUUGCUUCAGAAUCGUCAAGAUGGCGAUUCCUCCGACGCCGUCCGUCAAUUUGCUACUCUCGGAGAGUUUGACCAAAAGCUUGAAUUGAUAAGACAUGGUCUUCCAGGGGGUGUCAGGGAAUCGAAGGACAAGGAGGAGCACGUGUUUUAUAAGCUUAAACAUUGCCAUGGAAGACCUCCGAUGCUGCUCUACUCCUUCAUCAUAUGCAAAGGGUUUGACUUCACCAUCUGGCUCCGUAAUGCUCAGAUGUCUCAGAAGUUAAUGCCUAAUCUUCUCUCGGUGCCGAACAAAAUCACAAGGGUCAGUGAGGUGAAGUUUGUCUUGGAAUUUUUGGAAGACUUCUGUCGUAAAUUGGAUGUAACCAAAGGUGAUCAAUUCACGCGAUCAAUUGAUCUCAUGACUGAAGUUAUAGAAACGUGCUGCAAUGAUAAGGAACCUCAACUGUUCCUUCCAUGAGCUAAUUGAACUGCUAUUUCGCGAAUACUCCCUCAAUGUAUUGACAUCACCAUUGCUGUGGUAUAAGCGACGUCCCAAACUGGUUAUAUAAUAAGAAUUCAUUUGGCCAAAAGAUCACUGGGUGACAUUGAAAGCGAUCAUUUGGCUCUUCCUUCUAUAUUCCGUCAAAUAAUGUCCAAGACCAUGAAAUAACAACUCAAUUGAUAUUUUAUUCAUUGGCCCUCCUUAAUUUAAUUGGAUGCAUCAAGUUCAAAGGCUUUGAGGGUUUUGUUGUUUUUGGAUUUUUUGAAAUGAGGGCAAUCAAAUAACAUGAAGAAGGUGUUAUGACUAGUA